UCCAACCUAACGCUGUUUCAGAUCCCACUUUUCAAAAUGAAGGACCUGAUAUUGAUCUUAUGCCUCCUGGAAAUGAGUUCUGCAGUACCGGUGUUUCCUCAGCAACCUGGGACACUGGGCAUGGCUAGUUUGAGCCUGGAGACAAUGAGACAGCUGGGAAGUUUGCAGGGAUUAAACAUGCUUUCUCAGUAUUCAAGAUUUGGUUUUGGAAAAUCAUUUAAUUCUUUGUGGAUGCAUGGUCUCCUCCCACCACAUUCUUCUUUCCCAUGGAUGAGACCAAAGGAACAUGAAACUCAACAGUAUGAAUAUUCUUUGCCUGUGCAUCCCCCACCUCUCCCAUCACAGCCAUCUCUGCAGCCUCAACAGCCAGGACAGAAACCUUUCCUCCAGUCUGCUCUUGUAAGCGACAUCCAGGACACCGCCCAGAAGGGAGGACCCCAGCCUCCAGUUCACCAGGGACAACCGCCCUUGCAGCAAGCAGAGGGGCCAAUGCUUGAACAGCAGGUGGCACCAUCAGAGAAGCCACCAAGGGCCGAGCUACCAGGAAUGGAUUUUGCUGAUCCACAAGGUCCAUCAGUGUUCCAAAUAGCCCGUCUGGUAUCUCAGGGACCAAUGCUACAAAAUAAACCAUCACCGCUUUAUCCGGGAAUAUUUUACAUGUCCUAUGGAGCAAAUCAAUUGAACGCUCCUGCCAGACUUGGCAUCAUGAGUUCAGAAGAAAUGGCGGGAGGCAGAGGAGGCCCCAUGGUCUAUGGAGCCAUGUUCCCAGGAUUUGGAGGCGUGAGGCCUAACCUUGGAGGGAUGCCCCCCAAUCCAGCCAUGGGCGGGGACUUUACUCUGGAAUUUGACUCCCCAGUCGCCGGAACCAAAGGCCCUGAGAAGGGAGAAGGAGGUGCACAAGGCUCACCUAUGCCUGAUGUUGACCCAGCCAAUCUGGAAAACCCAGCUCUCCUUACAGAGGUAGCACCUGGUGCCCUGGGAGGACUUCUUGCUCAUCCAAAGGGCAACGACCCCAGCCUGGCAAGAGGCCCAGCAGGGCAGAGCGGGGGACCUCCCAGGGUCACCCCAGCAGACGCUGACCCACUCAUGACCCCUGGAUUAGCUGAUAUUUAUGAGACAUACGGUGUUGAUGUGACCACACCCCUGGAAGAAACACCCACGGAUACCACAGCGAUUCCAGACACUCCACAAACAUUGAUGCCAGAAAACAAGGCUCAGCAGCCCCAGAUUAUGCACGAUGUGUGGCAUUUCCAAGAGCCCUGA